GAGAGGAAUCACUGCGCUGACGAUCUGCCACGUUCCAUAACUGUGCCUGCCAAACCGGCACUUCAUCCGGGUCUAUUAAAAGCAGGUCUUAGCAUUUUGACUGCUUACUUCCACUUACGAGAGCAGUAGGAGGGCCCAGUGGCCUUCAUGGGGUCCUCAAUCUCCAAUUUGCUCACGACUCUUGCGUUUCUACUACUCGGACUGCUCAUUCUAGCCGGCCCAAACUCACCGAACGAUCCUUUCCACGCCAUUACAACACACGUCGUACGAAAAGAAGAACCACCCAUAUGUUGUCUACGGCCACUCCAACCCUUGGAGCCGGUAGAAGAGGGAGUUUUGUUGACGUUUGAGGAAUGGAAGCAGAAACAGAGAGGCAAGGAUGGCCAGGGAGGCAACUCGAAUGUAUCUUCCUCGGGGGGUAGCCAACAAAGCAGUGCGCCUGGCAGUGGUGGAAGUGGAAGUAGUGCAGAUUCUGGGGUUCAACCAUCCGGGAACGGUUUGGCUUUGUCUCCAAAUGAUUCGACGCCGGAUUCGACAAUUCAGUUCGCUGUUCAUGAAGAAAAGGUCUCACCGCAUUUCCAAGUACCGUUGACGGAUCGUUUUAACUAUGCGAGCAUGGACUGUUCGGCUCGUGUUCAUGCGUCCCAUCGUUCGGCCAAAUCACCUUCCAAUAUCCUGUCGUCGAAACGAGAUCGGUAUAUGCUCAGUCCAUGCAUCCGCCCUCAAGAAAGUCAAUUUAUUGUCGUCGAGCUAUGCGAUGAUAUUAGGAUAGAUACCGUUCAACUGGCGAACUUCGAAUUCUUCAGUGGGGUCUUCAAGGAUUUUACGGUUAGCGUAGCGAAGACCUAUAUUGUUGGGACGGGUAAGGAAGGAUGGGUAACAGCUGGAACAUAUAAAGCGAAGAAUGUGAGAGGCGUUCAGUCGUUUCACCCUCCAACCUCGCUCCGCGAUUUUUACCGCUUCAUCAGGAUCGACUUCCAUUCGCAUUACAGCAACGAAUUUUAUUGCCCUAUUUCCCUCCUUCGUGUCUACGGCCUCACGCACCUCGAAGAGUGGAAAUGGGAAAUAUGGGAGGCAGAGAGUCAGGGCAAAAUCCAAGCACAGAAUAUUCACUCAGAGGUCACACUCGAAGAACCUCGACCUGCGCAUACCGUUCCUAAUCCUCCCGAAUCUCCCACAGGCUCACCUCAGAUACCUUCUACGGAACCUUCGUCGUCAGAGACUAAGAUAACCCAUCAGGAAGCUGAUGGUGCCGUGAAGGGUACCGUUGUUGUUGCCUCUAUUCCCACCUUGUCAUCCAACGUCCAGAGAACCAGCACGGUAGUGACUUACGAACCACGACCCUCGGAAUCCUCGGUUUCGGUCUCCUCAUCCACUCCAAAACCGAUAAACAGCGAAACUCCUGUUGUACCACCACCAUCCGAAACGACAGUGACCCCAACUGCAAAGGAAGAGAACAACAACGAAACGGUCCCUCCAGGUUCUUCGACUGCAGCUAUCGCCACCACGAUAUAUGCUUCCUUGCCCUCACAAACUUUGGAUAGCAUUGCUAUUACGCGAGCAAUGCCUCCCGCUACGGGAGGUGAAUCGAUAUAUCGGACUAUCAUGAACAGGUUGUCUGCGAUUGAAGCGAAUCAGACGUUGUAUGCACAGUAUUAUGAAGAGCAGACCUGUGGGGUUAGGGAGAUGCUCCGAAGGCUUGGCGAGGAUGUUGGAAGAUUGGAGGGGAUUGAGAAAGCCCAAGCAAAGAUGUUUCAGCGAGAUGCGAAGGAAUGGGAGAAGCAAAGGAGGAGAAUGGAGAGGCAGUAUAGUGAGUUGGUGUCGAAGGUUGAUUAUCUCUCGGAUGAGAUUGUUCUGGAAAAACGACUUGGCAUCGCUCAACUGUGCCUAUUACUCACUGUUCUCAUCUUUAUGGCGCUUACCCGUGGAUCGCGAGGGGAGAUUAUGCCAGCCCUCAAGCACCGGCCUAGAAGCUUUAGUAGAUCUGCGAGGGAGUGGAGUAGGAGACAUCUGAGCUUGAGCUUUAGUGGUGAUUGGGUAUCGAGGUUGACGUCGAGUAGGAGUAGAAGUCCGGGAACGAUCGCGACGAACCCACCCAUGUUGUCACCGGACGCUGGAUCAACAAAAUCACCUAGAACCGAUUCCUCCGGGGUUGAGCCCUCUCAUAUCGAAUUCCCCUCUCUCGUAGACGAACCGCCGCCACAGCCACUCCCGAAAACUGCACCACCAACUUUCCUCAAUAUGCCUACCAAAUCCCUAUACUCUGACCACCGUCGAUAUCAUUAUUACCCAAGGACAGCGAUCAUACACAGCCGUCCGAGGUCUCGAACACCUUCUCUACGCACUUUGAAAACCACGAACGGGAACGGGAGCGCGUCAACGAAACCUGUCCCGUCGACCACCACCCCAAUUAAAUCACCAACCACACCAAGUACUUCGCGGCCACGACUGAAACGGGCGAAUUCACAUGGGAGCUCCUCAGCGCUUUUCUUGAAUUUGAACCCUUCGUUGUCGUGGGAUGGUGGAGCUGAACCUGGAUCGAAGGGUGUGAAGAGGUUGGCUAGGUCUGCGCAUUUGCAUGAGGUGAGGGCUCACGGGAGAGAUCCGAGCCCGGUGAAGAAAGAGAGAAAUCCGUUCAAAGAGAAUGUAAAUGUGCAGAACGUGGUCUCCUUUCCGUCUGCUGGAGGAGUAGAUUGUGGAAGAGCGGAGACGCCAGUAGAUUUGGAUGGAGAUGCGGAUGGGCCGGAUUCUGAUAUCUGGGAGGAUACGGAUUUAGAUGCUACCACUAGUAUUGACGGAGAUGUAGAUUCGGGGUUCGUUGAGGAUAAGAGGUGAGGAGUGAGAAGUCGUCCUUGGCCCGAAUAUCUAGCUUUACGUCUUGAGAUUCUUCCGAUAUACCGUUCAGUUCUGCUUUGCAGUUUCUAGUCAAUAUUGCUUUCGUUGUUUUUCUCUUUCCUUCCUUCCUUCUUGCAUUUACGCAAAAUAUGUUUGGUUCUUUUCGCAUAUUCCACGCAAUUCUGUAUAGUAUCACCGCACACCCUCAUUUCCGUAAUACAAAGUUCUCGCUAUCUGCUUUGACACAUGUAUCAUCCAACUCCUUCACAUAACGACGUUGACGCAACCCAGAGCAACGACA